CAGGAAAGAUCUCGCCACGUCUGGGACACCGUCGUGAUUGCCAAGCUCUUGCGUGUGUGCACGACAAAUUGGGAAAGCCUCAUUGCGGCGUCAGAUUAUUGCGGCGGAUUUAAUUGUUUCGUGAGAGGUUGUAAUUGAGAAUAAAACAGAGAGAGAGUUUUGUGCAAGAGCGUCGCGAGGGGCAAAAAGGCCCUGAGUGAUGUCGCACUCUGGAUGACCGGAAGUGUCUAGUUGACAAAUUUAUGUUUCAUGCAGCCCAUAAUCCCCUAUAAUUGGAUAAUGUCAAUGUGAAGAAAUACUGCGUGUGAAGUAGGUUUCGAAAGACUGGUGAGUCGCCAUGAUUUGUGCAUUCGUGAACUGAUUCCUGGCUGCAGAUCUUUCGCGAUAAAUGAUGAUCUAUCGCGCACUCGUUGUGCCAAUCGCUGUCGCUCUGCUCGGACACUUUGUGACGAAUGGCGAUGAUGGGACGUCAACAACAACGCACAGAAGUGUUCUCGAUCAUGUUUGCUAUCGCGAAGAGAACUUCACAGAACUCGAGGAGAGACGAGUAACGCAGCCGGUGCGGAUCAGGUCUCACGUGUGGUGCCUGGAAUUCCCACCGCGAUGCGCCCACUAUCGCACGGAAAUGAAGGAAAUCAUCAAGUGGCAGAACGUCACGAAGACGCGGCUCGUGGAGCACUGCUGCGAUGGCUAUGAGGAGGUCACCGAGGCCAACGAGAUCAUCUGCAAGCCAAUCUGUCCGGAGGGCUGCCGCCGCGGCUACUGCCAUCAGCCGGGCAUGUGCGUCUGCAAUCCCGGCUGCCUGAACGGCGGACUGUGCGACAGCAAGAAAGGCGAGUGCAGGUGUCUUCCCGGAUGGACAGGAAAUGGAUGCGAACUUCUCCUGGCAGAGGCUUCGACAGCAUCCACAACACCCCUGAAGCUCAUUCCAGUGACAGAGAAUCUGCCCAAGAACGCUUCAGCCUCCAUUGAGGACCUCAAUUCGACACUGGUGACUCUGGAGGACAACAUAGAGAAGCUGAAGCAGCAGCUAAACACAACCACUCAGAGCGACAUCUCUCUCAUGGAGCUUCGCACGCCACUUCCGGACAUUGUAAUCACGCACGAGAGUGUCGUUCCCGCCGGCGAUCACGUGCUGGAAGUGGGCACAGGCUCGGAGAUUGUCGUCCUCGGCAAUUGGGAUCUCAAUGGCACGCUCGUGAGGAACAGCAGCGAUGCUGGCGCUAGCGAGAGUGGAAGCGACAGCAGCACGAUUGUCCUCCUCGCCACGAGUGUCUUCCUGUCGGUGAUUCUUCUGCUGCUCUUCGUAGUCUUGCUGUACUGGAAGCGCAAGUUGGAAAACCAUCCGGGAAGACGCUCCAGCACAGACAGCAAUGCCAGUAUUCAGGCCAAGGAUGAACUGGGUGGAAAGAUAGUGAAUAAACCUCUGCCAGAGAUUCCCUUUGUGGACAUGAAGAGCAAGACGUCGCCACAUCGGAAGAGUGUGCAGUUUGUCGAGAGUCCAAUUCUGCACUACGAGGACUCUCCGCCGGAGCAGCCCAAGGAAGUCACUUUCACGUACAGCUACCCGUCCUCCGCCUCGCAAUCCUCCGCACAAUCCACGCGGGAGCAUCUCUACGACGAGAUCAAGUAUCCCGUCUUUACCAGCGAUGUUGUUCAUGUCUGAAGUGCGUCUGAAGCUCCGGAAAGUGCCCAGGGAAUGUCUCAAAAAACUGAAAUAAAAAUGCUAAU